GUGGGAGUCUGUUUACGCCGCUGGGAGAUGAGAAUAUCAUUAUACUGUUCGUUCUGAUUAGUAAGAUCUAAAGGUAAUGAUAAUGAAAGGUCUGCCUGUUUGUUUUAAUUGCUUUACUUUGGCACAGUCUGAGGAUACACCCAGCCCUGCUACCUGCCAGCCUGGCAACGCCCAACAUUUUCACAGGAGCGCAUGCAGUGUGCUGUAUAAAAGCUGGUCCAGAAUAAUUAUUUAAAAGAAAAAGAAAAAAGAAGAGGGGCUUCAAUUAAAAGGAUCAAAGCUUUAAGCACAAAGCAUAAUGCAAUCUAAAGAAAACCAUCCUUUGCCUUUCUGUUUCACUAAGCUGCAGAGAGAUUCAGUGUGCACUUGCACUGCACAGGAUCUGCAGGUAUCAUCCCCAGCAAGACUGCGAGGAGAGGCCAAAGUUACAAGUAGUUAACCCACAUUGUCUGACGAUGGUUCAUUUGAAACAGGGACUUUGUGAUCCCCAGAACUGGAUCACUGAUCAUUGAAGAAGGCUCCAGUCGAAACGCUUGUCUGCUUGACUUUGUUAUAGAUUUUAUCUUAUCCCUUUUAAAAGUUUUACCAUGGUCAAUUUGCGCAACAUUUCUGUCAUUUUUCUUCCCCGUGUUUACGCUGGGCAUUUAAAGUGCUUAACCGUGGUUUUUACAAACCUUCACCAUGUUUUUCUGUGAUUUGCCAAGCUGCUUGUUUGUGCUUUAUGGGUUAGGGCUUGUCACAAUCAGUGAAAAUGCCCUGUUAAACAGAACACCUGCGUUAUCGGCCAGCACAAAAGCACACUGUGUUUUCCAUGCCCUGUGACUCAAGCGGAUUGGACGCAAGCCUUUGUGAGGCAGUCAGAAACCAGAUUGGGAAGGCGGGGAUUAAAUACCAGUCUUGGCGUUCAGUUUGUGAUUUUGUUGUUUUGCUUAGGAACAGCGUCUUAUAAUUCUUAAAAAUCAUGCAAAUGGUGUUCAUUGUGAAUUCAGAGGUUAAAAAAAAAAAAAUAAAAAAAAAAAAAACCCGGUCGGUUCUAUCAGUCUGUUUCCCUACAGCAGUCCUGAGUGGCUGGAAAUGAAUAACACUUGUAUAUACGUUCCAGUAUGUGGCAUCACGAAUCGUGCUCUAUUGUGCCGAGGAGUCGCAUACAGGUACAGCGAAUGUUGCAGGAUCGCAGGCAGCCAGUCGAUGCAGUGAGUCACUGAGGACAAGAGACACUGGGUGAAUGUCAUCGAAGAACAUGAGUGAGACCUUCGAGGCUGGAGUAACCUGAACUGUCCACCUUAAGAAACCGGUCCGUGCAACAGAGCGCUAUAGAAGGGUGUGGGGCGGGGGGUUUCCUUGUCUACCCUGGUGACUCACCUGUUUAAGGUGGUCUGGUGAAAUGACAUCACCAGAGCUCCACCUCAUUUCAGAGCAGUGCUCCGAUGAAUUUCAGAGUGUGUAGUUCAGUCAGAUCAAGGUAUCGACGAAGUACAGCAAUUAUUGGAAAACCAUACGAAAAAGUCCUCAGAUCCCAGCAAGAGGACAGCUUCGAGUCACCAUUGACACGACAUACAUAUAACCUCUUUGUUUAAACUUGAAUUGUGCGAGGGAGGUGACGAGUUCGGGACCCUGCUUAUGAGCUUUACUUUUUUGUGGAUUAGAUUUCCGUUUUUUUUUUCUUUAAGAAUUGGACUUUGGUUGUAGGUUUCUGAAAAAAAAAUUCUGCUAUAGAAACGAUAUAAGUCAUCAUGAGUGCCGUGCAUGAAGGCGUAUUUUUGUCUGCUCUCCAGCCCAAUACUUCUGUAUCCAGCUAUGCGCUGCCCUCUGAGAUCCAUCUUGGACACGGGGGCAGCGACUACGGCCAGAUCACAAAAGGCCAGCGUGUGCAGGACCAAGUGCGAAUGCGGAUGACCCAGAACAGGCCGAGCGGAUCUGCCACCGUCCACAGGGCUAAUGACAUUGCCAGCGAGUCUUCAGAAUACAGAAUGUCUUCUGGAAUGAAGUAUGCCACAGUAAACCCUGCAUUCAGCUCCAAGUCUCAAAUGUACUCCAUGGAGAGGAAAGUCACAGGGCCGCCGGUGUCUCAGUAUGGCACAGCCCGGGCCGGUGGCUGGAGCUCACGCUCUGCAGUGGAAAUCGGUCCCAACAGGAAGAUGAGCCUGGGAGGGAGAGGAGGAGGCAGCAGCAUCUACAGUCGAGGGAGGGAUGACAUGGGCUAUGGCUACCAGACUAGCCACUCCAUCAUGCGCAGCGUGAGCAGGGCCCAGCGAGACUACGACACCAUGUCAUUGCGCUCCAUGCAAGUGAACAGCUUGCCCCCUCAGACCCAGCCUUGGGUGGACGACGGGGAGGGCAGCAUCUCCGGGAGAGACAGCUACGGGCGCUCCCAGGUCCAGAUGGUGUCCAGCAACGGCGGGGGCAGCACGAUGGGCACCAUGGGGAGGGCGCUCAACGGGACCCUGACCAGCAGGAAUGGGGACUGGCAGGUGGAGGAGCAGCUGUACCAGAACAGCGUGAAGCCCCGAGGUCCGGCCAUGCGCACCCUGAGCCGUCUGAACCAGAACGCUAGCCGGCAAAACAGAAUGAGCAUGGGCUCUGUUGUUUCCGGGAGCAGCACCAUACAGCAGCAGAAAAUGGGUGGGGGAAACUCAAAUGGGUCCUAUGGCAGUCUGCCGAUUACCAGGGCCAUGUCCACCGUGAGUCUGAAGAGCAUGACAAAGGGAAAGGACACCUUCGAUGGGCAGGAGUACAUCAGUGCUGGAGAGAAAAUGAAUGACGGGUUCAGCGAUAUUGACAUGCCCUCUGCUGUUGAAUACCUGGCUGCCUCUGACCCAGCACUGCAAGUUUUAGGUGCUGCAUACAUCCAGCAUGAAUGUUAUAACAGCACUGCCGCCAAAAAUCAGGCGCGCUCCCUGAAGGCAAUCCCACGGCUGGUGAAGCUGUUCAACUACCCGAACCAGGAGGUGCAGCGCUACGCCACGGGGGCCAUGCGCAACCUCAUCUACGACAACAUGCAGAACAAGACAGCGCUGAUCGAGGAGAGCGGCAUCCCACAGCUCAUAGAGGCCCUGCGUGAGCCCGACGACGAGCUGCGCAAGAACGUCACGGGGAUCCUCUGGAAUCUGUCCUCCAAGGACAAUCUGAAGGACAAGCUGGCCAGCGAGACCCUGACUCAGCUGACGGAGCGUGUCCUGGUGCCCCUGUCUCAGUCUGACAAUCAGCAGAGUGCCUCUGAGUCUGAGAUCUUCUACAACACCACUGGCUGCCUCAGAAACUUGAGCUCAGUGAACGAGAAGGUUCGCCAGCAGAUGCGGGAGUGCAGGGGGCUGGUGGACUCCCUGGUCAGCUACGUCCAGCGUUCUGUGGAGACUGGCAAGGCAGAGGACAAGGGCGUGGAGAAUGCGGUGUGCACCCUGCGCAAUCUCUCUUUUCAGCUCUACACAGAGAUCCCACCCUCAGCGUCCAUACGGCUAGAGGGGCCGUCCCGCGGACAGGAUGAGGGGCCGGGUGACGUCAUCGGCUGCUUCACCCCCCAGAGCAAGAAAGCCAAGCAGAACCAGAUGAAUGACCAGCUGACAUUCUCUGAGGUGGCCAAAGACCCCAAGGGCAUGGAGUGGCUGUGGCACCCCCAGAUCAUGAGCCUGUACAACAGAGUGCUCCAGCGCUGUGGGAUCAACAGCAGCACACGUGAGGCAGCCGCCGGGGCAUUGCAGAACAUCACAGCUGGGGACAAGAGGUGGGCCUCUGUGCUGAGUCGGGUAGCCAUGGAACAGGAAAGGAUCCUGCCGACCAUCCUGGACAAUCUGAGAACAAACAACGACCAGGAGCUGCGUUCACUGACCGGCUUCUUACGCAACCUGUCCCGCUACGCCCGCAACAAAGAUGACAUGGCAACGAAGGUAGUGAAAAAUGUGCUGGUCAAGUUGCCUAGCGACAGCAGCCAGACGGAACCCUCCAGUGAUGUCAUCAUCAACAUCUGCGGAUUUCUCAACAAUCUGGUGAUGGGGAGCUCGGUGGCAGCCCGGGAUAUUGCCGCCUUCGACGGGCUGCAGAAACUCGUGUCGAUCAAGAACAACCGGAACAGUUCCUCCAGAGAGAAGGCAGCUAAGGCAGCCACCACUGUCCUGGGAAACAUGUACACCUACACCAAACUACACCGUGACUACAAACUGAAAGGAUUUAAGAAAGAGGACUUUGCCGAUAUCAGCAUCUGAGAUUUUUUUUUCUCUUAUUUAAUUACUUUUUGUGCUCAGGCUACUGGAUAAAAACAGACGUUGUUUUUUUUUUUUUGUUUUUUUUUUGUAGAUACAGAGCUUCUUAUAAAACGCUUGCACUUCAAUCCUUCUCCUCUUUUUUAUAAAAGUGAAAGAAAAACAGAAAAACUGCCCCUAAUGUAUUUCUACUGUAUAUAGAACACUGUGGACUGCUUUGUUUGGGAUCUGUGAAGACAAUGUACUGUACUUCUACAUGAGAAACACCAGCAUGGUUUCAAUGGAGAGCAUCAGACUUCACAAGCACUGGAAAAACCAGCUUCCGAGACCCCAGCACAGCUCCGAAACAGCCGCUAAAGAUUCAGCUCCACCAUCCAUCACCCAGUCAGGCCCCAACAAGGCUACGCAUUCAUAGUUUAUGUCUGAAUGAAGUUUUAUUAUUGCAGUAUGGCUAAGAUUUCAUCCCAUUUAACACCUCCCAUUCACUUUGUUUUCUUUCGUUGGAAUGUUUAAUUUAGACACAGUGCCACUGAGUGGCAGAAUGUUGUAACUGAAGAGGAUCUUAAAGGGGAAGUCAAUUAAGAUAACAAUUCAUGAAACUUGAUCACUUAUGCCUUUCUCAUCUCGCUGUGUUCUGUUAAAAAUUAGGUAGGCAGGCAGGUUUUGUAGAAUAAAAAGCUGUAUUAUAUAGGAAUGUAUAAAAUGUGGAUAUAAUAUAUAAUGUAUACAAAAGCUUUAAUUUAGGUUUAGUGGUACCCACCAGGAUAUAUAGAUCACAGGACAUGAUUCGAUGCUUAUUCUUGGACAAGAACCAGACUUUCAGGACAGACUUUUUGGUUAAACUCUGACUCAGUGCUGACCGAUCAGACAGGCUUGGAAUAAAUUCAAACCCCCAUGCCUGAUUCCACCAUUGAUAAAAUGCCACAUAAACUGGAUGGGUGUGUCUGCUGUGCUCUGUGCUUAUUCCUGCUGAUAAUCUCAAAUGUGCUGUAAUUCCAUACACAGUUCAAUUGUGGGUUUUUUAAAUUCUUUUGUAUGACAGAAUGUAUUGUGUAUGUUUAAGUGUUUUUAGUAAGGUAAUGAAGAAGUUUAAACCAGGAUUUUUUACUUAGAGGUAAAUAUUUUUGAAUAUUUAGAAUAAGCUGAAUAAGCUGUCUCAUAUCUGGUUGUCUAAUAAUGUAUAAUGUGGCUGGGGUGCCUUUUAUCCACAGAGAAUUAUAGCACCUGAACACUUAAAAGAAUGGUCAGGAUUCCAAGUCUAAUUACAAAUAACAUUGUAUUAAACCCUAGCAUUCAUUCAUUGUGAAUAGGCUUUGCAAAGUGGAUGUGCUUCAUUUGAAUUCCCAUUCUCAAAACCGUAAGACAUUUUUGAAGGAAUGUUUUUUUACAAGAGGUUUUUUUUUUUUAAUCAACAUUCCAGGAGUGCUUUCGAAAUCUGAGAAUGAACUUCUAACACCUGAAAAUGUUUAACAAACUGCAAAGUUGUUCUGAUCGCUCAAAAAAAAACAUUCCUUCGCAAAACAUUCCUUAAGUGUUUGUGAAUUGGGUGAACAGAGUCACAUUCACAAAGCUGAUUUCAAUUAGACUGUUUUAAUGAAAUAAAUAGUUUGAUAUUCAUGAACCUGUUCGAGGCUCAUGUUCACUAAUUAAUUAGAGACAAUCUGGGAGCGUUUUCUAAAACCAAAUGUGAUGUAAUUGAUCAAAACACUUAAAAGAAAAGGGGCUGAAUUCUCAAAGAUAUUUACUCCAAAUCGUCAUUAGCACAUUUUUAUUUCAGAGAUGAGAAUCACACACAAUAAAGUUACCAACUCGGAUAUAAACAAAUAAGACUUUUAACUUAAGAACGUCUAAGUAGUUUUAAGUUGGUUCUUAUUCAUGUUUGUUCAGAUAAUUAAGUGUCUUUGAGAAUCCACCUCACUGCUCUUAAAUAGUGUAGCUUUGUGUCAAGUCUUUGUGUUAGCUUUGUGUAGCUUUGUGUCAAGUCUUGCUUGUGCUCCAUUCAACAGAAUAAUUCAUUUGCAAUAUUAAAAUAUGAUUAUGUUUUAUUUUUGUAUAUAUUGAGCAGGUAGUCGAGUGGUUUAGAUUGGUCCUUCUCCCUCUGAGUCUUGGGUAGGACUCUAUCUCAGGAGAUAUGAGAAGUUAGUCCUGAUUCAAUCUGCUCUCAGGAGCACUAUGGGUAUACCCCAGUGUACAGUGUUCAGGACAGCUCUAGGUUUGUACUACUGAAACAGGUCCUUAGAAAAAGACGAUUCUGUCUUAUGUAAAACUUUGUUUCUUUUACUGGCACCAAUAUUGAACAUUUUAUGAAUGUUUGAAUCUUUGGAAUAAUGAACUCCCAAAUUUCUAGUGGCAUAUGUAACUACCUGUAUACUGUGUGUGUUAUUGGCAAGUCCCUUUGUGAUUUCACUGUAAUUAAUGCCAUUUGAAGUGUUAUCAAAAAGCUGUUUGCUAACACAUGCAUGCUGCACAGGAAGAUAUGAUAUUACAUGAAUUGCCCUUUAAAUGUAUUUAGAGGGUCCUCUCUGUGUGCUGUAUAACUACUUGCAUAGCCGUUUGCAUUGUUCACAUAAAACGAGUUUCUGCAGUGUGUGCCUAGCAGCACACCAGCAAUGGAAAGUGUUGUGCUGCUUGAUUUCUACUGCUUUCAAUAAACGGGUUUGGAGAUCU